AUGGGCGGCAUCCCCGACUCGGAGCGCCUGCUGCCCGAGCUCCUGAAGGAGGCCGGCUACGCCAGCAAGAUCGUGGGCAAGUGGGAGGAGGAGACGCAUCUGCGGGCGGUCAGGUCGCAGCUGGGCGGCUGGGGCGGGAGCGGGGCCGGCACCGUGGCCCAGAGCCCCCCCGGCCUCCGGAAAACGCCUGAGCCGCUGCCUGACCGCCUCCUGCGCCCUGGGAGCCACCUGCUGGACACCCCUCCGGCGCAUCUGGGCCACAGGCCUAAAUUCCACCCCCUGAAGCACGGAUUCAACGAGUGGUUUGGCUCUCCCAACUGCCACUUCGGGCCCUAUGACAACAAGGCCCGGCCCAACAUCCCGGUGUACAAAGACUGGGAGAUGGCCGGCAGAUACUAUGAAGAGUUCCCGAUUGACCUGAAGACGGGAGAAUCCAACCUCACUCAGCUGUACCUGCAGGUGAGGAGGCCGGGCGAGCACUUCCUGUCGCAGGCCGAGCUGGAAAUCCAGAGGGACGCCCUGGAGCCAGGGCAGAAGGUGGUGGUGGUGGAUGACCUCCUGGCCACUGGCGGAACCAUGCGUGCGGCCUGCGAACUGCUGGGCCAGCUGCGGGCCGAGGUGGUGGAGUGCGUGAGCCUGGUGGAGCUGACCUCGCUGAGGGGCAGGGAGAGGCUGGGGGCGGUGCCCUUCUUCUCGCUGCUGCAGUACGAGUGACGCCGGCUCCUGGGGGGCAGGGCCCCCCCGCUGGUCAGGGCACUGGCGGUGGUGCUGGCCUGGAGCUAGCUGACAGCCGAGCCCCGGCCGCAGGGAAAUAAACGGUUUUGCUGGA